AUGCAUCAUCAUCCUAUUCUCUUUGUUUUAGGCAUAUCAUUGCCAUAUGCACUGGCAUGGAGUGAUUACACCCACUCGGUUAUUGGUGCUGUUGCCCAAAACUUCCUCGAUCAAAACGGUGUUAGAUUUGUUCAACAUAUUCUCCGAGGCACAACGCUUUAUGAAGCCAGUUCAUGGGCAGAAUACCUUCAAACUCGUGGAAAACGAUACAACGAACUUCAUUUUUAUUUUGACAGAAGUGUUGGUGCUAUUGAUAGUACUUAUCCACCUAUGAAUGACCAAUGUCGGUACGAUCCUGAGCGGGAUUGUCUCAACGGAAAAUGCUUGCCUAAUGCUAUUGGAAAAUAUACUGAUGUGUUUCAAUGUGCACGACGUCAGUCGCCACAUCAAUUAUCCGAUGCGCUAAUGUUUUUAGUUCAUUACGUUGGUGAUGCUGGACACCCGUUUUUGUCCAACGGACAUGAUAAUGGACGCAAAGAUCAACAAGUUUACUUUGAAGGAAAAUCGGCGACUUUUAAUCAAGUGUGGGAUUAUUAUAUGCCCAAUCGUCGUAUCCACCGCGACUUUCACGGAAACAUUAUGAAUUAUGCGUACUAUCUCACCAAUCAGAUUCAUAGCAAUUCAUUUAGUUCUCAUGUCUCCACAUGGGCACCUCACCGUCAUGUUUACGAAAGAUCACAGUAUGGUCUGAAUCAAAAUGCCAUUGAUUGGGCAACAGACACGGCAGUAGUGACUUGCCAGUAUAUCUGGCCAAUGUUUGAGUACAUGAAAAACCAAGAUUUGGGAGAGAGCUAUUAUUAUAGAUCGGUUAAUAUACUAGACAUGCAGAUUGCAAAAGGAGGAUACAGACUUGCAAGCUAUAUCAACCGUAUGGCUGCAAUGACAAAUGGUGGACAAUGCACAGAUUUCUAUUCAGGGAAUUCCAAAUCAUGCAUAACAGGGAUUGCUAGCAUUGCUGUUCCACUUCUUCUUGCUCUGGCUCUUUAA